UCACUCGCUGCUGGCGAACACCCACGUGCACCCCCACCAUAUAUGUGGGGAGCUUGGGGUUGGGGCCUCGGUGUCCCUGUGUCCUCCCAGGAUGCCGGUGGGUGAAGGACAGACCCAGGCAGUCAGGAGCGGGUCUGGGCUCUCUCCUGCGGCCGCUCACCCUCCUUGGGGUCUCCAGCCAAAUGGCUGUGCUUCUGCAGCUCCAGGGUGCCAAGAAGCAGUGUGAGCGAGCACUUGGGGAGCCCCAGCUUCGCUGGGAGACCACCCUCCGGCCAAGCCCACAUGCACCCAGCGGUCUGAACACCAAGAUCUCUGGUCCCCAUCAGAGCCGGGUGCCGGAGGCCUCCAGGGCGCCUGCCCCCAUUCCAGAGCUGUUGAUCGCUGGUCUGGUUCCCACUCCCUCCUGCAGAGGGGGAAAACCUCAUCAAGGACAGUCGUUGGACCAACUGGGCACGGGCGGCACUCUGUAUCACGGGUAGAAAGAUAGGCGGUCAGGCUGGAACAGAAGAGGCUUUGAGAGGCUCCUCUGCCUGCCCAGGCCCACAGUGGGGCACCAGACGUUGGCCCCCAAGGUCACACCCCAGAAGGAGAUAGGGGCUUUGCUCCUGCACAAACAUCCCGGUCUCCUCCAUAUAAGCCAGAGCAACACGGCCCCUCACAGCAGCCAGAAUGCCUGGUCUGCUCUCUCCGCCGGCCCUGGUGCUGUCGGUGAUGGGGGCUCUGCUGAUGGCCGGGGACCCUGGGGAAGAGGUCUCCAGCACCCCGGCCCUGCCUGGAGGGCCAGCCACAGGCACCGGGGGUCUCAUCUUCCACCCGGAUUGGGACUGGCAGCCCCCGGGCAGUCCCCAAGACCCCCUGUGCCUGGUGACGCUGGACAGGGGUGGUAACGGGAGCGGCUCCCCGCUUCGGGUGGCGGGGGCGCUGAGAGGCUACGAGCGCGCCUUCCUCGAGGCUGUGCGGCGGGCCCGCUGGGGUCCCCACGGCCUGGCCACCUUCGGAGUUUGCACCCCCAGGGACAGGCAGGCCGCCCUGUUCUCUCUGCGGCAGCUGCAGGCGUGGCUGGGGGAGCCCGGGGGGCGGCGGCUGGUGGUGCUGCACCUGGAGGAAGUGACAUGGGAGCCGACACCCUCACUGAAGUUCCAGGAGCCCCCGCCUGGAGGGGCCGGUCCCCUAGAGCUGGCGAUGAUGGUGCUGUACCCUGGCCCUGGCCCCGAGGUCACGGUCACAGGGGCUGGGCUGCCAGGCACCCAGAGCCUCUGUCAGUCCCGGGACACCCGCUACCUGGUGCUGGCGGUGGACCACCCAGAAGGGGCCUGGCGCAGCCCCGGGCUCACCCUGACCCUGCAACCCCGCAGAGACGGUGCGCCCCUGAGCACCGCCCAACUGCAGGAGCUGCUGUUCGGCCCCGACCCCCGCUGCUUCACACGCAUGACCCCGGCGCUGCUCCUGCUGCCGGGGCCCGCGCCUGCACCGCUGCCCGCGCGUGGCCUGCUGGACCAAGUGCCUCUCCCGCCGCCCAGGCCCUCCCAGGAGCAGGCGCCUAAGGAGCCACGGUCCAGCGCCGACCCCUUCCUGGAGACGCUCACGCGCCUGGUGCGCGCGCUGCGGGGGCCCCCGGCCCAGGCCUCGCCGCCGCGCCUGGCCCUGGACCCCGGCGCGCUGGCCGGCUUCCCGCAGGGCCUGGUCAACCUGUCGGACCCCGCGGCGCAGGAGCGCCUGCUCAACGGCGGCGACGAGCCGCUGCUGCUGCUUCUGCUGCCACCCGCCACGCCCACCGCCGCCGCCGCCACCGCCGCCGCCGCCGGGGACCCCGCGCCGCCGCGCGGCCCGGCGUCCGCGCCCUGGGCCGCCGGCCUAGCGCGUCGCGUGGCCGCCGAGCUGCAGGCCGCGGCCGCCGAGCUGCGCGGGCUCCCGGGGCUGCCGCCGGCCGCCACGCCGCUGCUGGCGCGCCUGCUCGCGCUGUGCCCCGGGGAUUCGGGGGACUCGGGGGACCCGGGGGCCCCCCCCGGCGGCCCGGGCGGCCCGCUGCGCGCGCUGCUGCUGCUCAAGGCGCUGCAGGGUCUGCGCGCGGAGUGGCGCGGGCGCGAGCAGGGCGGACCGGCGCGGGCACAGCGCAGCGCGGGGGCCGGGGCGGCCGACGGGCCGUGCGCGCUGCGCGAGCUGAGCGUGGACCUGCGCGCCGAGCGCUCCGUGCUCAUCCCGGAGACGUACCAGGCCAACAACUGCCAGGGCGCGUGCGGCUGGCCGCAGUCCGACCGCAACCCGCGCUACGGCAACCACGUGGUGCUGCUGCUCAAGAUGCAGGCCCGCGGCGCCGCCCUGGCGCGCCCGCCCUGCUGCGUGCCCACGGCCUACGCGGGCAAGCUCCUCAUCAGCCUGUCGGAGGAGCGCAUCAGCGCGCACCACGUGCCCAACAUGGUGGCCACCGAGUGCGGCUGCCGGUGAGCCCCGCUCCGUGCCCCCCGAGUGGCGUCCCCGCCCGUAUUUAUUCGGACCCCCAUCAUCGCCCCAAUAAAGACCAGCAAGC